AUGUCGCAACCACCGCAAUGGUCGAUCCCCCUCCUUGACGGCGCCCAGAUUCCUUGGCUAGGCUGGGGAAAUGGCUCCGGGGACGCGAGGAAGACCGCCCUCGAGUCAGGCAGCGAAGCCCUACGCGUCGGCAUCCGUCACAUCGACACCGCUCAGAACUAUCGCAAUGAAGCCAAUACAGGCGAGGUCAUUGCGAAAUCUGGUGUCGGGAAAGAGGCUGUCUGGGUUACCAGCAAGAUCUCCGAACGCUCGCCGUCCCCCGAUUCCAAGGAUACCAAGGAUGUUCCCGUUCCCAUUGCUCAAGUCCGUGCAUCUAUCGACGAGUCUCUCGCCAAACUUGGCUUCAUCCCCGAUCUUUUCCUCAUCCACAAUCCCUACGUUGCCGAGGACCAAGAUGCGUCUCUCAAGAAGUUGUGGCGAAUUCUUGAGGAUCUCAAGGACGAAGGGAAGCUCAAGAGUAUUGGCGUUAGCAAUUUCCGUCCCCAGGAUCUUAAUCUUAUUCUCGAAGGCGCCCGUCACAAACCUGUCGUUAACCAGCUUGAGUACCAUCCUUAUGUGCUCGCUCAUCUCGAGCCUGUCCUUGCUAUCCAGAAGGAGCACGGCAUCGUCACGGAAGCCUAUGGUCCUCUUACCCCAGCCAUUCGUCAUCCCACAGGUGGGCCUCUGCAGCCUAUCCUGAUCAAAGCCUCUUCCGCCGUCGACCCGGGCUUCAUCUCUGCACCCUUUGACCCUUCCGCGGUGCUUCUCCUAUGGGUCCGGGCUAUGGGGGUGGUUGCUGUAACUGCAUCCGGAAAUAAAGGCCGCAUUCGCCGUCUCGCUGAGAUUUCGUACCUCCCUGAAGGCCUUCUCGAUCCCGAAGAGGUACAGGAGAUCUCUGAUGUGGGAAAGACGGUACAUUGGCGUUAUUAUACCGAACAUAUGGAAAAGGACUUCCCGCUCCCUCAGCUCCCAACCGGUCUCUGA